AUGCUAUCUGUUUCGGACAAAAUGGAGGUCAUUGUUCAAGGAACUAUCAGCGCUUUGGGUUACCUAGAGGAUGGAGUUUAUUAUCAGGAACCUGAUUGUUUCGAAACAAUCCGUGAUUUGAUACGAUUCUUGCGCACGGACAGCAGGAACCUUCUUGCUCGAAAAAUAUGCGGAGAGCGAAAUAUCAUAGUCAACGAUCUAAUUCCCAUUAUCAAAUCAGACAAUCUCAAAGAAAAGAUGUUUGACAUAACUCUCAGGUUGUUAGCGAAUCUCACGCAACCAGCAAUAGUAAGUCUACAGGGCAAACAACCAGAGGAUCGUGAUGAAUGGCAAACAUUUUGGCUAUUGGAGGAGAAUUUGAGAAGAGCAAAGUUGGCUUUUGCUGAUGUCAGGUUUUUUGCUGUUCUCAAGGAGAAGUUGGAGAAGUAUUUCUUACACACUGUGAGUCACUCAUUUCUUCAGCUGUUUAUAGGACAUCUUCAUCUUCAUUGUUAGUA